UAGAGUCUAUUGUUUUGUGCCUUUCCUUCAAAAAUAUAGAUACUAUUUUUUUUCAUAAUCGCUUUACUAACAUUGAAUCCGAAUGAAUUCAAAUUGAAUAUUACAAUAACUGGUGCAUUUUAGAUUAAAUCUGUAACCUCUACUAUUGUGGCUAUGUAGUUACGUGGUAAAUCUGUAGAUCGGCUACAAAGCGCACCAUGUCGAGUGCAAAAUAUGAACAGCUGUCGGUCAAAACCGAUACCGAAGAAAGCGAAUUUAUUGCUAAACCUAAAGGCAAAUGGUUUGAUGUUUGUUUUCAAAAAAGUCUUCUGUCUCUAGGAUUGAUACUGCUGUAUUUUUCUCUAUCGAUUGGCCUUACUUUUUAUCAGAGAUGGCUUUUAAAGGACUUUCACUAUCCCUUGACUGUUGUGAUGUAUCACUUAAUAGUAAAGUGGAUAUUGUCCGUAUUGGUUCGCAUUAUUCUACAACUAAUAACUGGACAGCCACAACUGAUGCUACCAUUCUUAACUUGCCUCAGGUCUGUUGGUCCCACUGGUUUAGCCAGUGGGAUUGAUGUAGGUUUCUCAAACUGGGCUCUGGAAUUGGUAACAAUAUCUUUGUAUACAAUGACUAAAUCUACAACAAUCAUAUUUAUUCUUGGAUUUGCCAUUUUGCUGGGAUUGGAGAAAAAGUCGUGGUCAUUAGUUGGCAUUGUGCUGACCAUCGCUGCGGGCCUCAUGAUGUUUACGUACAACGCCUCUCAGUUCAAUUUGUUGGGUUUUGAUUUCCUUCUGCUUGCUUCAUUUGCUGGUGGUCUGAGGUGGACAUUUGCCCAACUUUUAAUGCAAAAAUCCAAGCUGGGCCUACAUAACCCAGUAGACAUGGUGUUUCAUGUACAGCCGUGGAUGUUUUUGUCACUACUCCCUUUCAUGAUUGCCUUUGAAGGUUUUAAAUGCUUUGACGAUCUGAUGCGCCUGCCACCGGGUGAGUUAAUGCCCACACUGCUUAAAGUAUCGGUGGGAGCUACGAUAGCAUUCGCUAUGGAGAUCAGUGAGUUCCUGGUAGUCACAUACACAUCUAGUCUUACAUUAUCAAUUGCGGGUAUUUUCAAGGAACUAUGUAUUCUAGUCUUAGCGGUAGAAGUGAGUGGGGAUCAAUUGAGUCCUAUCAACGUUGUGGGGUUGGUCCUGUGUCUGACGGGCAUCACUGGCCACAUAAUACACAAAGUUUUAUUCAUAAAAGCGGUGGCGGGGUCCGUCAGGGCGUUGGAAGAUGACGACUUUGUCAAAAUUGGAAGAACGAGAGCUCCCAAAGCCAAAGAUGAGCGUCACGAGCCGUUGCUGGAUGAUCAAAAGUGGGAUGACAUAGCCAGUGAUGACAGUGACAUCGACAGCAGUGUCGUUAUAUAUGAAAUACUACAACGGCGAGACGGCAGUUAGAAUUAAAUACAUGGAUUGACUCGUACGUCUGAAACAUUGAACUGAUUCAUGGAAUACCAUAUUAGAGCUGUGAAAGCAAUUAAGAUGUAUUAAUGUGGAUUUUGUAUUUAUAACGCCGCUUAUGAUAAGACACGAUAAACAAUAGCUAUUCCAUGUUUUGUAUUUAUUAUCUUUUGCUAUCUCAAAUUUAAGAAUUAUUUGUAUGAUUCGAUGUAAUUGUAAUAUCUACAGACAAACGCAUUUCAGUAUCGUAUUUGACUUACCUGAAUAAAAAUAUUUAAUAUUAGAAUAUGUUAUUGGGUGUAUUAUAACAAUGGUAACUGUUUUAAAUUUGCAACAAUAUUAAUUAAUAUGAUUUUGACUAUAAUGUGUUAAAUAAUUAACAUGCUAUCUAACACAUGUAUAAUUAUAGCUCAAAAAAGCAAUUGAUAUAUGUGUAUACACAUAAUUUUGCAUGGGUUAUUUUAUGCUUUGAAUUGAAACAUGUUUAUUACAUAGUGAAAGACUAUAUUUCUUCACAUUUUGUAUGAAAAAAUCUAUUUAUUUAAGAAGUAAAUAAAAUUCAUAUAUUUUCUUUUAAAUAUUAAGAUUUAGCUAGCUUAUAUAUUAUUAAUUUAUUAGU